CAUUGCUCGUUAAGUGAUGAUGUAGCAAGCAGCUGCCUCCCUCACCUAGUCGGAUGAAGGAAUAUGCUGAGAACCUUCCAUUCCUAGUUACAUGUCGGAGAUCCUUAGAGACACCUCCCAGGGCUGAGGAAGGAUGGGAAGGGGAGUUGACAUCUAGCAGACAGUCCCCCCCCUCAUUAUUUGCAAUACAACCUAAACACACAGACACCCACUCGCUGCCUGUGCCAUGUCUGCCAGCUCUCUGAAUACCAACUACGAGCCCAUUCUGCCCUGCCAACUCCUGCCAGGUGCCAGUCUCACGUACAGUGCCAUGUUCGCAGCCUGGCAGGGAUUCUGAGACCCCCCCCCCGAGCUUGCAGUAACCAUGCCGGGGUCUGGAUUUUCAGAGAAGAAGCUCUUCAGGUAAAACAGAUCCAGGGGGAUAAUUUGCAGGAGGAUUUUCAUGGCACACGGCUGCCAGCUGUUCGGCAUGGGCUCUUGCAUUUCCAAAGAGCUUUUUUUCAGUGGUCACAAGGAAGUACAUUCAUCCAACAACAACAUGAAGCCACCCACCACAUUACCAGACACCCCCCAGCCAACAGCAGAAUCAGCUCCGACUGAGAGUCCAGAGGAGGAAGAGGAGGAGGAGGAGACAGAGGAAGGAGAUGGGGAGCUUGGACAGAAAUGCUUCAAGACUCCCAAUGGCUUUAUGUGUGAGUCCAAAGCUAACUCCAACAACUAUGAUAUCACUGAGCUGGCUACCUCCUCGCUCAUUGGCCUUGUGCAAACCAUUAAAGAUCACAUCACCAAGCCGACUGCCAUGGCACGUGGACGAGUGGCCCACCUCAUUGAGUGGAAGGGCUGGAGUGCACCGCAGUCUGGCUGGGAUCCCUCACUGACUGAUGAAGACAAUUACUCUGACCUGACCGAUGAACUGAAGGAAGCGCGUUUUGCAGCAGGUGUCGCUGAGCAAUUCGCCAUCACUGAGGCAACGUUAAGUGCUUGGUCCUCCCUUGACGAUGAAGAAAUGCAGUAUGGGCUGGGGUCUCAAGAGGUUCGGCAGAUUCAAGAUCUGGAGAGCCUCUACCUCCAGGGGCGGCUGCUGAGUUACGCUCAUGGUGCCUGUGGCUCCGAUCUUGGUGGGAGUCUUCCCGGCUUGUCUCACUCAUCAGCUAUAUCCUUGGCUGUAGCACCUCAGCAGCUGCGCCCCGCAGAGGCAUGGGAUGUUUCCGAGGUGCGGCCAAUGCAGUCGGUUUUUCAUUGCCCGCUGUUUAACGCAGCCAGGAGUAGCAGUUCGGAUAAUGCCAAAAUACCAGCGGCAGGUGAAGGAGACAUCGCUCCUGAAUCCUGCAAACCACGACUCAACAACUCACUGCACUACGUAGACAGUAGCUCCCAAUCCGAAGAUGAGGUGUUUUAUAACUAGGUGGCUUGUAGACAAUGCCCAUGGGACACCUACGUAUGAAGAGGCCACCUUACGCAUUGGGUCAAGUCGAUCACCUUACUUACUAAGAUGGUGAUAUGCCAAGACACAGCGAUCUCUGGUCUCCACCAGCGGCACCAAACAGCCUGCUGCUAUGUAUUGUCUGUGAAUGAACAAUUUAUUAGAUUCAAGCUCACAGAGAUGACAUGAUUUUACUAAGCACGAAGAAUGUAUUGUACAGGAAACAGGGCAGUCGUGACGUUUACUGCCCGUGGGUUGGCAAUAACUGGAAAUAGAUUCACCUUGAUACCGCCACUAGGACAAUCACUUCCAACCAGCUGGAGUAGCGAGGCAUUGAGGGCAAGAUCCAACUCGCAAAGGAAGAUAUUUCAGUGACUCCGGCUGAGGAUGUACCCAUAGAUUCUGCAAUAUAGUUAUUAUCUGUUGUACCUUUUUUUUCAGAUUUACUUGAAAUCAGCUGUUACUUGGAUGGAAAUGGCAGUACGUGUCUUCAGAAAAAGCCGCAGCCUUAUUGUAUGGGACAUUUUUGCUGAUGUGUGUAUGGGUGAGAUACGGUUUGGGGUGCCUGAGGACGUCUGUAUUUGCGCCUUUUCUGUAAUGCCUUUUAGUGAGUGUUGGCUGUCGUGUGUCAUGUCCGGUACGCUAAUAUCCAUGUGGAUUUCCGCUUGUACUCCAGCAAUACUGAAGGCUUAAUAUUAUAGAAUAUUAGAUUCUAAUGUAACAAGGACAAUUCAGGGAGUUAGGAUUUAAUGGUAGAAGUUUAUUUAGGGAAACGGCAAUCUGAAUCUGAAGCGAUACUCCCAAAUAAUCUGGUACCAAAAAUUCUAAAAAAAAAAAGAAAACAGAGUCUGGUACCCCAAAUUCCCAUUGCACGAGUCGCACUCCAAGACUGUGGUACCCAACAUUCUCUUUGUAAAAGUGUCACUCCGGGACGAUAAUACCCCAAAUUCUAUCUGCAAUGGUGGCGUUUUGAGAGUGUGAAACCCCAAAAUUCUUUUUACAAGAGGUACCCCUUAAUGUCUUUAAUUUUUCAAAUAACUGGUAUCCAAAGUUGUUGUUAUAACAGUGGCACCCUAUGGGCAUGAGAUGUCAACAUUCUCAUCUCAAAAGUGGCCGUCCAAGAGAAUAUUAGCUCAAGUUCUCCAAUGCUUGUGGUACCCCGAAUUUUUCAUUAGAAGAGUUGUCAGUGGGAGCGUAGCUAUGUAUAGGUGAUAUAUAUAUAUAUAUUUUUUGUAUGUUGUCUAUGAGCAAUGUGGAUUAGUGGGCACCGUGUGUAGCUCUAAAUAUACAGCUGGAACCAUUUCUGUCAUUGUCUUAUGAAAAAAAAAGGGUAAACAUUGUCCUCUUCACUGGAAUCUGAUUGAAUAGCUCACCAGCCACAGGUAAAAGCUGCUGAUAUUUCUAUGACUCUAAUAAAACAGUGUCACAAACUGAGAGAGAUUUCAUUGCCCUGUUAGGCAGCCAUGUUUCAUAUAUUUCAACCCCCUAAUAAAGCAAGUGCUAUGAAGCCAAAUCACACUUUCAUACAUGGUGCUCUAGUGACAUCCAGUGGCUAUUGUAGGAAUUACAUUUGUAGAGGCAGGCGACAUGCUGUGCAAUCUAUUUAAUUAUUCAAAAUAAGAAUUCUAAAAACAGAGUAAAAUGGACAGGGUUAUAUACACUAAAGUGAGAAUUGAAAGUAAAUUCAAAGCAAAUUUCAAAUGUAACACCACAGCAGCCGA